GUUUUGAACGUACACAUGCCCAUCGUCGGCUCGAGGUUCCCAUAUUUUCCCUAUAAAUAUUUCCAUACGCUGGCCAAAGGACGCAAUGCGCAUUCACUAAGCUCUUGGUGCAGUACUCUUAUACAAACUUCGACAUGGCCCAGCCUAACAAGGCCACUCUCAUGCUUAAGCUUAUAAUCGAAAAGCUCCAAAGCAGCUUUUCUCUCUUUAGAAAGCCAUCAUCAUCUUCCAAUGAAGAUGAACACACUGGCUGUGCGGUCGGAGUGCCAGCAGACGUGAAAGAAGGGCAUUUUGCAGUUUGGGCGGUCGAUGGUGGAAAGCCGAAGAGGUUUAUCAUUUCUUUGGGUUAUCUAAACCAUCCUGGGUUUUUGAAAUUGUUAGACAAGACUGAAGAAGUGUUCGGCUUCGGACAGGCAGGAAAGCUUUCGAUCCCUUGCUUUCCUGGUGACCUCCAGAUGAUCCUGGCAGACCGAAGGAAGGGUGGGAUUGAUGGAGGGUAGUGGAUUUCUAGCAAGAACACCACGAUCUUUGAUGACUAAGGAUGGGAAGUGAUGGAUCCUAAUUCAUAUGUUUUGUUUAGGAGUCUUUAGUGAUCUAAUGAGUCUUAAGUCAUGUUUUGUUUAGGAGUCUACUAUGAUGUGUGUGCAGUUGUGAGUUAAUAGUCUUAGUCCUUAAGUGAUCAUUUAACAUGUAUACUAUGUAUAAUAUUCUACAUAACCGCUAUUUAUCAUGUAUUCACCUGUAGCAUAAUUUCUGUGGCUGUGUUUGGAUGUACAAGUCAAUUGCAUUAUAUAAAC